AUGACGCCAACAAUCCUUUCCUGGUUUGUGCAGCUCAAGUUCCCUGGACCAAUGUAUCUUGGCCCACAUGCAACAAUCUUCAGUCAGAUCGCAAUCCUUGGCCCCGUUGACACCAUCGUCCGACGUCUCAUUGUCGUGUUGAAAUCCGCACAUUUGCUCGUGCAAUCGCGUAAGACCACGUACUUCACGUGCAAUUGUGGUAUGGCCGACGACAACCAGCGGCUUGCGACCUCAAGGUCAGCGCCAGCCCUCCACGCCUCUCCUUCCACAACCAAGGUGCCUUCUGAGAGUACCGAACCAGAGCCAUAUCUGGUCCGCCACGGCUCUAAAACUUUUCGGGCUCCGCGACGAACGUCAACCCAAGAACGUCUCGAUGAAAUUCUCAAGGCUGCCCGCCAGAGGGCCGAAGCGCUCGACACUGCCAAUCCUGGUCUACAGCAACAGCCUCUGCUAUCACCUCUCCUGUCGCCUCGUACCACUGAGACCACCGGAGUUGGCGAAGAUACACAACAAGGCAUCGUAACAAGCCAACCGCUCAAUUACCAAAGUAUGGUACAAACACCUACAUCCAACUCGUCGGCGCGCCAAAGACAGACAGCAAGCCAAUCCGCCGCCCAUAGUCCGGGGGCACAAACGUCAUUGACGUAUUCAAAUCACGAGGGUGAAACUGGGAAUGGGUCGACCGAGCACCAUAAAGUGAGCAAAUGGAAGAAAAGGCUGGAGUAUUUUCAGAGCAUUGAGUUAGAAAAUAAGGGUAGCGUCGCUCGUGACCAUCUUGCUUUGGAACGAACGUUUCUCGCAUGGCUACGAACCUCAUUAGCGUUUGCAUCGAUAGGCAUUGCCGUCACUCAACUCUUCCGUCUCAACACAUCGUUAUCGGACGGCAACGACGAUACUCACCAUUCGGAAACACUAAGGCACCUGGGAAAGCCGCUUGGCGCAACGUUUUUGGGUAUUAGUAUCUUGACGCUGUUUCUUGGAUAUAAGCGCUACCUGGUGGGACAACACUGGGUGAUAAAGGGCAAGUUCCCAGCCAGCAGAGGGACGAUUAUGCUGCUAUCAUUCAUUGCCUUGGCGGUGAUAGUAGCAUCAUUGAUAGUGGUGCUCGCGGUACAGAGUGCCGUGGACGCACGAGGGUAG